UCUCCAUCUGUAAGUUUAAGAAACAUAAAUGAACUACUGUUUGGUGAUACAACUACCACCUACUUGGUGACACAUCACCCUGCAGAAUGUAAGCUUAUCUCUCUUAAUGACUCUGGCUGAACACCAGCGUAUGUGAUCUUAUUAGUUACUCUUAGGUAUUACUUUAUGUCAGUUAAUUGCCCUCUUAUACAUGACCCUUUCAAUGGUGUGCUUAUCAGCACUUAGUUAGCCGAGUAAGACUUAUUCAUUAGUGUGCAUGCCAGCACUUGGGUGGCCAAGAAAGCCUCUUAUAACAGUGUGCACGCCAGCACUUACAUGGCCAAGAAAGCCUCUCAUAACAGUGUGCACGCCAGCACUUACAUGGCCAAGAAAGCCUCUCAUAACAGUGUGCACGCCAGCACUUACAUGGCCAAGAAAGCCUCUCAUAACAGUGUGCACGCCAGCACUAACGUGGCCAAGAAAGCCUCUCAUAACAGUGUGCACGCCAGCACUUACGUGGCCAAGAAAGCCUCUUAUAACAGUGUGCACGCCAGCACUUACAUGGCCAAGAAAGCCUCUCAUAACAGUGUGCACGCCAGCACUUACAUGGCCAAGAAAGCCUCUCAUAACAGUGUGCACGCCAGCACUUACAUGGCCAAGAAAGCCUCUCAUAACAGUGUGCACGCCAGCACUAACGUGGCCAAGAAAGCCUCUCAUAACAGUGUGCACGCCAGCACUUACGUGGCCAAGAAAGCCUCUCAUAACAGUGUGCACGCCAGCACUAACGUGGCCAAGAAAGCCUCUCAUAACAGUGCACCAUACUCUUAGAUGCAACCUGGCCAGGAAAUACUUCUACGAUUGCGGGCUACUCAUUUGGACAACGGUAGCCAAGGAAGGCUUCUACAAUUGCAAGCUAUGCAUACAGACAACGUCUUCAAUUGUGGGCAUUACUUAUUGAUGCCCCCUAAAGAGUACUCAUCUAUCUUUACAAGUCGCAUUGCCGGCCGGCCAUUUUAAACACAAGUUAUUAAACAGAAUUUGGCAUCAUCGUUAGUAAAAUUAUAGUCAAAUUAAUAAAAGGGAGUUAUAUCACCACUACGUAGCUUUAGUAACAGCAUCAGCGGGACUUUCUGCACUUUUUCACUCAUAUAAAAGUUAAACUCACUUUAACUACUUUCUUAGAAAACUAGCUUGUCAAGACAAGAUUUAAGACAUAGACAAGAUUCACUUACUGAUAGAAAAAUUAGCGGGCUUCCGUUUCGGUGUUGCUACUUGUGACAUUCCAUAUUUAGAAUCGUGACUCAUCGUCACGACAAC